UCGUCGUCCUGUUUGGAGCCCCGGCAGUAAUUGAAGCUAGAAACAAAUUCCAUUAGCAAGAACCCGAAGCCUGAGGGUCUCUCUCUUCUCCGGCUCGGUUUUAUCGAUCGGAAAAUAGAUCGCUUCGUGAUCGUGUGCUUGCUUUGUGGAAGCGAUCAACAAUGCGUGCCGGCGACAUGAAGUUUCUAGGUAUGGACUUCAGCUGCGCGUUUCAGGCGCUGAGGGACGGCAAUUUCCCUGAGAAAGAUUGCAUUCUUCCCCUCAUCUCAAAGCUCCUCGGAUAUUCCAUCGUCGCCGCUUCCACCACUGUCAAGCUUCCCCAGAUAUUGAAAAUUUUGAAACACCAAAGUGUCAGAGGACUUAGUGUCGUAGCCUUUGAGCUUGAAGUAGUUGGUUAUACCAUUGCCUUGGCAUAUUGUCUUCACAAAGAGCUCCCAUUCUCAGCUUAUGGCGAGUUGGCAUUUCUUUUGAUACAAGCUAUAAUUUUGGUUGCGAUUAUCUACUAUUAUUCUCAGCCUGUUGGAAUUAAGACAUGGCUCAGGGCAUUGCUAUAUUGUGCCGUGGCACCCACUAUCUUAGCCGGUCAAAUUGAUUCUGUUCUCUUUGAAGCUCUAUAUGCAUCUCAGCAUGCCAUUUUCUUCUUUGCCAGGAUUCCACAAAUUUGGGCGAACUACACUAACAAAAGUACAGGGGAGCUCAGCUUUCUAACCUCUUUAAUGAAUUUUGGAGGUUCAAUGGUGAGAGUUUUUACCAGCAUCCAGGAAAAAGCUCCAACAAGUGUUGUCCUGGGAUCCGUAAUUGGUAUUGUGACAAACGGUACCAUCUUGAGUCAGAUAAUCAUAUACCAGAAGCCACGAGGCAAGAAAGAAAAGAAAAAUGAGUAGAAGAACGAGGCUUUCCCGGGAGCUUGGCAUGCCCGUCACGGUUCUUCUACAUACUGUUCCAACCAGCUGGAUUUAUCAAUACUUAAGGAGCAAGUAGCAUUAUUAGCUCCUUCAUGUUGAUAAUCUUUAGUUCUAGCCCUGAUUUAUUGAGUUGGUUAGCUUGUAUCAAUGAAAGAGAGAGUGUAUGGAUGGUACUGUAAUAUUUCCUGUCACCGGACAUCGAAUUUGGCUUGUUAACAACAAAUUGAAGGAUGGAUUUGUCCGGUUUUGAUACCAUAUAAUUGCAGGUAAUUGACGAUUGAUGAUCA